AUGAGUGAUGGUGAAGUCAUUGUUGAGUUCUUCUCAAAGUUGGUGGUUUUCACAAACCAAAUGAAGUCGUGUGGAGAGAAGAUCUCUGAAAUGCACAAAGUUGAGAAGGCUCUAAGAGAUAUUCCUGCCAAGUUUGAUCACAUUGUUAUGUCCAUUGAGGAGUCCAAAUAUUUGUCAAAGAUGAAACUUGAAGAAUUGCAAGCAUCUCUUGAAGUUUUGUCAUUAUGCUCGAGAUUGCUACUUCAACAAAUUCUAAAUGGAGGUGACAAAGGUGUGACUCAGUUUGUACAUGCUGGUGGUAGAAGAGGUCAUUUUGAUGGCUACAUCACAUUUGGCACAAGAGAAAGAAUGGCAAACAUUCUAUUGAAGAAAAAGAAUGGAGAAGAAGAAAUCAUUUGUGAUGUCUUGUAUUCUAUGGAAAGCAACUUGUUCAUUUUGGGUCAAUUUCUUGAUAAAGACUAUAAAAUAAGGUUAGAAGAAAUGGAGCUCAAGGUGUUUGAUGAAAUGUCUGAGCUAAUUUGGAAGGCAUCUUUAUCAACCAACAAGACAUUCAAGAUCAUGAUGCAACAUGUUAGACCAUCAGUGUCUUGCAUCAACCAUAGUAAGAGAUCAAAAUUGGAUUUGGCAUCAAAGAUUUGUCCAUCUCAGUUUUAG